UCCCUCUCUCUCUUCUCUUCUAAAAAAAAAAUCAAUCAACAAUAUGGAUUCCCCUUUGAGAUCAACAACUUCAUUGUUUCAAAUUCUUGUAACAUUCUUUCUCCUAUUCUUUUUAGGUUUGAAUAUGUUUAAAGAAGUAGAAUCACUUGGGAUUAACUAUGGUCAAGUUGCAAACAAUUUACCACCACCAGAAAAAGUCCUUCAACUUUUGCAUGCUCUAAAGAUAACAAAGGCAAGAAUAUAUGACACAAAUCCUCAAGUGUUGACAACAUUUGCCAAUACAAACAUAGAGCUAAUUGUUACAGUAGAGAAUCAAAUGUUAGCUACAUUAUGUGAUCAACAACAAGCACUUCAAUGGGUAACUAGCCACAUUAGGCCAUAUUUUCCAGCCACAAACAUCACGGGGAUCGCGGUAGGCAAUGAGAUAUUUACAGAUGAAAACAUGUCCUUAAUGACAUAUCUUGUCCCAGCCAUGGUUAGCAUUCAUACAGCACUUGUGAAAACAGGACUCAGCCAAUACAUACAAGUCUCAUCCCCUAAUUCCCUUGCAGUUUUAGCCAAUUCUUAUCCACCAUCAGCUGGUAGUUUUAGGACUGACCUAAAUGAAAUAAUGCAACAAUUUUUGCAAUUUUUAGCCACUACAAAAUCACCUUUUUGGAUUAAUGCUUAUCCUUACUUUGCUUAUAAAGACAAUCCAAAUAAAAUAUCAUUAGAUUAUGUGUUGUUCAAUUCAAAUGAAGGGAUGAUUGAUCCAUACACAAAGUUACAUUAUGACAACAUGUUGUAUGCACAAGUUGAUGCUGCUUUAUUUGCAAUUGCAAGAAUGGGAUUUAAUGGGCUAGAAGUUAAAAUAUCUGAAACAGGAUGGCCAUCAAAAGGUGAUACAAAUGAAAUUGGUGCUACAUUACAAAAUGCAGCAAUUUACAAUAGGAAUAUUUUGAGAAGACAAUUGCUUAAUGAAGGGACCCCAUUAAGGCCAAAUGUUAGAUUGGAUAUUUAUUUGUUUGCUUUGUUUAAUGAAGACAUGAAACCUGGCCCAACUUCAGAGAGAAAUUAUGGAUUAUUUCAACCUGAUGGAACUAUGGCUUAUAAUGUGGGAUUAUUAUCAACAACUUCUUCAAAUACAGAGCCAGCAUCAGCUUCAAUUUCUCUUGCUUCCUCUGCCCCUCCUAUGGUGAAAAGAAUGGGAUAUCAAAGCUUGGUGAAUUGGAUGAUGAUGUUUGUGUAUUUUUGGUGGCUAUGCAAGUGUUAAAUGAGAUGAAGGCAUGCAACAUUAAGGCAAAUUAGGGGAAGUACUUGGCUGUAAAUACAUUGGCAAGUCUUCUCUAUAAGAUAGAAGAAUACAAAUAGUAACUCCGAAAAGGCAUAAUACAUAGACAGACAUUUAAAUUUGUCGAAAAUAUUCAUUUAGAUAUUUCAAUUGAGACAACGACCUAUCGGCCAUUGGACAUAUGUGCAUUCAUCGUCAAGAAUGGAGCUCACAACAGGUAAUUAGCACGCACAGACUAUGAGACAUGAUAAGAAGCUUUUCUUGUAAUAUUUUUUUAAGGAACGAUCUACUUAAUUUCUUGUUUCAUAGAAAAAGUAUGUAUAUAUAGUUAAUGUCAUUUAUUGUACAAUAUUCGCGAUUGAUGUAUCGCAAAAUUAAGUAGCUCAUGAUUCUUUGCUAGGGAAUUGACAAAAUUAUCAGUUUGUUAAUUACUAUGUCUCAUUGUG